AUGGAACUGAUAAGAGCAACAAGUGAUUUCACUUUGAAGAAAAUUUUAAAACAUAAACCAAAACGUUUAUUGUUUAUAAUAUUAAUCGUUGCAUUUAUUGCUUCUUAUACUAUUUAUUGGGAUUCAAUAAUAUGGACAAUAUCUGCAGUUGGUCGUAUUGCUAUGAUAAAAUUGCUACCAUUCUGGGAUUGGACAUAUCUUUAUAAUGCUAAAUGUUUAAUAUCAAAGACGACAACUAUGCGAGAUUAUCAAGGAAAUGCAAAUCAAUUAAAAGAAUGUCAUCUUUGUGAAAAGCUUGAUUAUAUUAAAAUUGUCGAAAAUAUAACAUUCUUGCAAUUAAGAGACAAUUUUAUUUAUAAAGCUCAACCAGUUUUAAUUAAAAAUUCAACAAAAAUGUCAUCAAUACCGGAAUUACUUAUAAAAUUAUUCGAUUCCAGAGAUUUUCUUCAAAGUAAUCCAUGUGAUGUUGGUACAAAUUUAAUGCAAUAUAAGUUUUUUAAUUUGGAAGAAGUUCUAUCGUACAUAGAUGAAGACAUGGAAUCAUCAUGGUUUUUACAAUUAAGAAAUUGUCAAUUUUCUGCAGUAAAAGCAUCAAGACAAUUUUUGAAGAAACCAUAUUAUUAUGCUGAACAUAUGGAACCAUUCUAUUCAAGUUGGAUUUUAAUGGCAAAUAAUUAUGCUGGUCUCGAAAAAAAUAUCAAACUAUAUGGUUUAGUAAUAUUACAGCAAUUACAAGGUGAUCUUUUAAUUGUAUUAUCACCAGACCCAGAAUGCUUGCAUAAAUGUAAGGAACAAAAAAUUAUCAUUAAAUCAGGGGAAUCGUUAGUAUUCUCAACUGAUCUUUGGAAUAUGAUGUAUCUAAUUGAUUUAGAUCAGAUGGUUUUAAGUAGUAUUAUGGAAGUCUACUUUUAA